CAAGCAGCACAAAGCAGCAAUGGAGGCGCAUAUGCGAUUCAUGACGGCCACCUUUCUCCUCGUGCUCCUCUCUCUGUCCGCAGCCGCUCCGUCAGUUCGUGGCCAGGCGGUGGCGGCCGCGCCGGCUCCAGCGGCGGCUGCCCCGAAGACGAUCAAGGCGGUGCUGACCAAGGCCGGGCAGUUCACCAAGUUCCUCCAGCUGCUGCAGUCGACGCAGGAGGAGGAACAGAUCGACACCCAGCUCAAGGGCAAGGCCUCCACCGGCGCCGGCCUCACCGUCUUCGCGCCGCCCGACAACGCCUUCACCGCGCUCAAGUCCGGCACCCUCAACUCCCUCUCCGAUCAACAGAAGACGUCGCUGGUGCAGUUCCACGUGGUCUCCCAGCUGCUCCCCAUGGCGCAGUUCGACACGGUGAGCAACCCGCUGCGCACGCAGGCCGGCGACACCGGCAGGGGCAAGUACCCGCUCAACGUCACGUCCGACGGCGGCGGGAGGGUGAACAUCUCCACCGGCGUCGUCAACGCCUCCGUCGACGGCACGCUCUACACUGGCGAUAGGCUGGUGGUGUACCAGGUGGACAAGGUGCUGCUGCCGUGGGCGCUCUACGGGCCGCCCGUGCCCGCGCCCGUGCCGUUGCCGGCGGCGGACAAGGACAAGGACAAGAAGAAGGCCGGGCCGGUGGCGGUGGCCGACGCGCCGGAGGCCGAUACAGCCACGGCGUCCGCGGCGGCGCCCCGGGAGAUGCGGGGCCUCGGCGGCGGUCUCUGCAUGGUGGCCGUCGCCGUGGCGGCCGCGUGGUGUGGCAUGUGACGAUCGAGGAAGAGUGGCGGACAGUCGGAUGUUGCCAUGCAUUGGAUGUUUUGAUUUUCCCUUUUCUUCGUCGAGACUCGAGAGACGAGAGGUGCUCGAAUCGUUCGGUUUGUUUCGGUGUGUUGUUCUUCGUUUUGUUUAUGUUUUUUCGUAUGAUCCUUGUAAUUGCUGAAGCUUCGUAACGUUUCGGUCGGUAUUUUCCUCUUGUAGCAAAAGUAGCAAUAUUGAGUGCACGCUGGGCGCCACCUGGGUUCAAUUGAA